AUGUUUUUAACAUACGGUGACCAGAGCAAUACAGUGUUGCCAUAAAAACACUAUUCUACUCUGGGAAGGUGAUCAGGAUUUAUUUUUUUUUUACACACUAUUAUCGCUUUUCAGACCAGGGGCGGACUGACAACUCAUGGGACCCCUGGGCAAUAGGGGAUCAUGGGGGCCCUGUGUCCUUGCCCACACUCAAACCACACCCAAAAAAUCCUAUGAAAGGUAUCAGGGGCAUCUCAUGGGGCCCCCUACUGACCCCGGGCCCUCGGGCAGUGCCCGAGAGCCCAAAUGGUCAGUCCGCCCCUGCUUCAGACCA